AUGUUAGUUAAAGAUGACAAAGCUGGGAUGCAAAAGACAAUACAGGAUGUGAAGAUACCUGCGAUAAAGAAAGAACUUGUUAGUUGUAAAGAGACGAUCGAAGAAGUGAUUAUCAUGACAAGUAAUUUGUUGAUCGAUGACAUCGACGAAGUGUUGAGCAACAUAGAAAGUGACGAAGUAUAUAAUGAAGAAGAUAUAGUUAGUUUCAAAGAUAGAAUUAUGGAGUUAGCGGCAAAUGCUUCGUUAAUAACUAGAACCGAAAAUUUGAAUCCUGAAAUAAAAAGAGGUAUUAUUAAUAAAAAGAUACAACAACAAAUCCGGAAUAAUAUGUGUAAAGAUACGAUCGAACUGGAAAAACAUUUGGGAAUUACAAAAGAUUUAAAAAGAAAGAAAAAGAGAAAAGAUGAAGAUAGUGGUGUAGGCGGGAACGACGUAGACUGA